AUGCAGUUCCUCCAUCUCUUCAUCUUCUUCUCCGCUACUACCAUGUGCCAGGUCCUCGCCCACGAAGCAGCGAAAGGACCCUGGGUUCAUCCUCACUGGGGCCCAAAUGAAAGUCACCGAGAUCCUCGCUUUGUUCCUGAAGGCUGCCCUACAGACAGUGUACGCGGUGUCAAGUGUUAUGAUGGUAAACAAAAAACAAUUUUGGAUCUAUGGAUUCUUAAGGUUUCCUCAGCUCCAGUACUUGCAGCAACGGCUGUGAUUGAAAGGUCGGGUGUCUUCUUCAAUCUGUGGACUGGCGACUCCUAA